AUGAUGGCAUUGCUCGAUAAAUAUAGCCGCGUCGCGCUUGAUGUUGCCUCGGCCGGCUCAUCACUCGGCUUUGCCGCGGCGAAAGCGGGUACCUCGCUUGGUUUUGGCAUAGCUCGUGGAAUAACUUCUACGGCUGCCCGCGCCACUGGGGCCGCGCUUGACCUACCUUUCGGUGGACGGUUGGGUACUGGAGACGCGUUCAGCAACACAAUAUCAGCCGCCCUCAAUUACAUGGAAUCUCUCGCUCUUCUUCCCAUCACCGUCGGAGAAUCUAUCACAUCAGCCUCUAUUGUUGCUGCUUAUGGCGCAGUCAACACAUUAUCGACUCUAUUCCCGGGAACAGACGAAGCGAGCUUCAGUCUGGCGAGUUUCGUGAGCUUGGUGCGGAGAGAGUGGGAGAACCCAGCCAGCGGGGAGCAUGGUCCAGAGGAGAGGUUUGGGGUGGGAGAGGUGGCGCAGGCACUGGUAGCCUGGGGUGCUCUUCAGCACGCGACCUCAGAUUGGCAGCUCACGCGAUGGCGACCUUACUUGCGGGAGAUACCCUUUCAUGACUCUCCAGCGUCUUCGCAUCUUUCCUCCGUCAUGGCCAGUCUCGACGACGUACCUCAUACGAGGCAACGUACUGAGAGCAAGAUCAGUAUCACGGGAGAUGUUCGUCUUGCGGGUCGGCAGGGUCAACUGGUCACGGCCGAUAUCACCGAGCUCGACGAGAAGGGCAGGCCAGUUGCGGAUCCCUCGGACCCGACCAUCAGGGAGAACAGGCGACCAGAGAGGCGGCCUUUGCGGCAGAGCACGAAAGCGCUGAAGUACACCUUGCGCCGCCUGUCCAAGAUGGUUCUUGCCGGUUAUGGCGGCGCCAGCCUGCUCUUCUUCGGUGUCGACUUCGGGCCUGGCGCGACUUCCACGACUACGGGUUCUAGCGCAGCGCCGCAGGAUGCGGAGAUUGCGAAGGAGGGCGAGACGCUACAAGCCGCUGUUGAUGAGAGUGAGAAAGUUGCGCCUGAUGGGGAAGGUGCGACUACUGCGCAAGCGCCCAAGCCUCCGGGCUACAGCUGGUGGGACGUGCUCAUGGGGAGGCACGACCGCGAGAUCUUCCUGCAAAGCGUGCGCUCGCAUGCACACUCGCCAUCGUCUCAACUUGAGCGGGCAUCCUCUCCGACAGCGCAUCAGCCGCACAUGGAGACUAAUAGCACGGGAGGCGGAGACGACAUCAGUGCCGUCGUUGGUCUCGAAGAGCGUAUGCCCCGGUACUGGGUGCUCACCGAUCACACCCGUCGACAGAUCGUACUCGUCUUCCGAGGGACCAUGAGCUUGAACGAGCUGGCUGUGGACUUGACAUGCGACCCGGCUGAGUUCGAACCGGCCAGUAGCGAUGAGCUAGGCUCCACGUUUCCCCAGCCAGAACCUUCAACAUUCACCCAGUCUCCCCCGCCCGCAACGCGUCAUGCACACUUCGAGACGGCCGAAAGCGAGGCUAAGAACAGCCCGUCUAUCGAUGGUUUACCUACUGAAGUACAAGCCCGCGACUUUGAGUACGAGUUCGGCGCGCCAAGCGAUAAUGAGAUGUCGAUGCCCGGCGGACUUCCUUCUCCCUCAAUCCCCACCGCAUCGCGUCACCGUACCAAGAGCACGCGUAGCUCUCGCAAGCCCCCGGCGCGCGCCAGUACAGUUCCCUUCCCUGAUAAGCCUGAUCGUCCCGACGGGGAUGGGAAACAGCCGGGACGGAUGCGGAGCGCGUCUUUCGCCUCGGUCGGCAGCUUCCAUGAGAGCUAUGAGGUUCAUGGUGGGAUGCUCACCAUGGCGCGUAUCAUGGGGGCGAAGGGCGCUCCAGUGCAUGAAGCAGUCCGUGCCGCAAUGAAAGCUUGUAAGGGUUAUGAGCUCGUAAUGUGUGGCCACAGCCUUGGUUCGGGCGUUGCCGCUCUACUCGGUAUGAUGUGGGCAGAUCCGAAGACGUGUCUCACCGUGCGUAGUAGCGGUCUGCCGGUGGGUAGACGGGUCUCCGUAUAUUGCUUCGGUCCACCAUGCCUGACAGAUGCGCGUUUGAGCAAGCUCGCGGAGAACAUGGUCACUUCUUUCGUCUACAGCCAUGAUGUUGUCAGCCGAUUGUCGCUCGGCUCCAUACGAGAUAUGAAUCGUGCGGCUGCGUGGUUAUGUCAGGCGCAGGCGGAAGGAACCCCUGAGGGAUACGCGUCGAUCACGAAGCGCGCUCUCAAGCAUGCCGCAGGCUUCGGCACCCGCUCGGACCCGACAUUCUUCCUCUCAGUACGCAAGACGCUCGAGGCCAACAUGCGAAUGGCGCACCUGUACCCACCCGGGCGUGUGCUCUGGGCGGUGCGCGCGGCAGACUUCGAGGCCCCUUUCGCUGACAGUCAUAAAUCGCCCGAGGAUAAGUACCGCGUUCCACAUGAGAAGGAGAAGGAUGCAGAGCGGAGAAGGGCCCGAACAGGAGAAGCGGGCGGAGAGGAGUUGAAGCUUUUUGAGGUGCUGGAUGUUGAGGCUGUCUUCGGCCAGAUUGUGUUUGCGAGGGAUAUGUUGAGCGCUCAUCUGCCUCACCAGUAUGAUCGUGUGCUUGAAGCGCUUCUCUAG